AUGACUAGAAUAAGAAGGGAGGGCAAAGGCAAGGGGGCUGCAGUAGAGAUGUAUGGUGGUGUGCUUCCCUUCAAGGAAAACAAAAACAACAAAAGCAACAACAACAGAAGCAUCAUCAUCAUCAUCACCAUCACCAUCAUCAUCAUCAUCAUCAUCAGCAGCAGCAGCAGUAGCAGCAGCAGCAGCAAACCACUGUUCACGGAGUCCACAAUUGCUGGCUUUUCCCUUACCCACAAUGUCAGUAGGCAUUUGUCCAGCCUGUCAGUGGUUGGAAGCAGGAGUCCCACCCCCCAGCCCACUGUGAGGGAGAAGGCUCUGGAUGUCCCUGAACACCCAAACAGCAGCAUUGAAAAUCAGGACCAGAUUAAGAUGUACAUCGAUGAAGUGUGUAGAGACGCGGUGUUCUGUUGCUGCAAGUCUUUUCUGCAGCAGGCAGGAUUAGGUCUGCUAAUAAGCAUGACAGUCAUUAAUAACAUGCUUGCCAAGUCCCUUUCAGACCCGAAGUUCCCUUUGCUAUCCGAGGGGAGUGGAUGUGCAAAGGUUCAGGGUCUGGAAGCACAGAUGAGUUUGCCUGAAAAGCCAGUGCUGGCGGAGGAAGUACUGGCUGCCCAAAUGCUCUUCUCAUUCAUGUGCCUCUUUACCAGAAGUGGGAGCAGAGAGAUGCUUGUGGAAGCCAUCUCCCCUUAAGUGGCUGUCUCUGGAAGAAUGAGACUGAAGUCACCCAGAGCCCGAGCACUUUACUGAGGGCAAAGAGGCUGCAGUGGGUGCUCCCAAGGAUGCGGUCUUAGCCAGUCAGCUCCUCCUUGGGUGAGAGUCCCUUCCAGCCUCUAAAUAGAGGGCUACACUCUCACUGGCCAGGCAGGGCUCCCCCAGAGCUGUGGGCACCUUCUGGGUUUUGUAGUCUGCGAGUAAAGUGCACUGUAAAUUGCUUCCUUGCAGUCUUCUCCAUGCAGUAAAGGGUAGGGGAUCCCCGUGGCCCCUAGCUGUGGAGAACUAGCCUCAAAUCACAGCGUCUAGAUAAAGGGUAAGGGGAUCCCUGCAGUCACCGGCUGGCUGUGGAUAACUUACAUGGAAUCACAGCAUCAGAGUGAGUGUUGUUGCCCAUGGUGAUCUCCCUGUGUAAGCUGGACCACUUAACAGAAAUCGCACCCAUAUGGGAGCUUGAGCCCAACUCCCUUCUGCAGCUGCUUAGGUUGAAGUCUUUCCUCCUUCCUCCUUCCUCCUGCCUACACUGGCUGGUGGAUGGCUAGCAUGUUAACCAAGAAAUGCACUCCCUUCCUGUCCAUUGUAGUGCCUGACCCUUACUCCCCGGUCCUGACACCCUCAGUGCGUAUCCUCAAUAAACUGUGUGCUUUGAUUGGCAAGAAAAUU